CAUUCUCAUUCCGCCUCAGGAGGUAGCCCGAUUCUACAUCCAGUGUCCUCCCGGUUGAGGCCUUGGACAGCCACCACCCCCUCCUUUCCACCCACACCCGGGUGCCGUCCCUCCUUUACAUACAAUUCGUCCGCCUCACUUUCCAUGUCUUUGGGAACUUGUUGGGGAACCUGUAGCCUUCCUUCAAAAGACCGUUCCAUCCCACGUCGACACCAGCCCCGGUUCUAACGUGCUUCUCUCCUUGAAAGAAAGAAGCCGACAGUUGAGAUAGUUGCUCUUUGCUAGCCCACACACACCUAAUCCCAAGUUAACUGUCAACCACACCUCACUCUCUUCCUAUUGUAAUAUAGUUCGCCAUGGAUAAUGGAGACUUCAUUGACCUCUCCAAGGGGGCCGGCCCUCCUCGACAGGGAGGUGCCCCGGCCGGCAGGGGAGUUCCACCACCACCUCCACGGCAACAACAGGGUGGUUACCCAGGCCAAGGGCGACCGAAUGUUGUCAACGUCAAUCCCGGACCACAAAACACGCAGCCUCGGCCGAUGCAAUCGCAGCAAAUUGCACCGCCCCCGCCUCCUCGCGAGAUCGUCCCCGUACGGCUCCAGCAGGGCCCGCGCGUGCAGGUCUCGGACAUUCGGAAGGAGCGUCUGACGGACAGCGAGGCUCGCGAAGAGCUCUCGACAUACACCGUCUUCCGGUUUGAGAGGGCCGACCCCCCCGACGGCUACGACGCCGAAGGGGAGAAGGUGAAGCCCACCUGGGAGAAUGUCAUCCGCUCCGAGGUGCAUGACAUCGCCAAGAAGGACGUUCUUCAUCAGAUACGCUUCUUGAAUGAGACCACCCUCCCGAUCGGCGAAAAGAAGGCAUCGCUCAACCCUGCCCAGCAGCGCCAGUUGGAGAAGGCGCAGGAGGAGCUCAGCAACCGAGAACACGACGCAAGGUUUCAGACGGUCCUGGUCCAGAUGGACCAUCAGCUCAAGGUCAAAGUCCUGAAUAGGAGCACCGAGAGGGAGAGGGUCGGGGGUAGGCAUGGGGAUAAGGGGGAGAGAAGACGACCAAAGGAAUACAGAGACCGAAAAGGCAAAGAGUACUGGGGGAAUACCAGCACCUAUUCGAAACGAAAGGCCUCGGGCUCCAAGGACGGGAAGAAGAAGGGCAAGGAGAGGGUCUCCAUAACCGCCUACUACAAGCGAUCUCCCAGACCCGAGGUUGACGCAAUCGCCAUUGUCAUGCAACGAGAGGCUGAGAUGGCGAGGCGACUGCAGCCACCUCACCCUCAGCAGAUCCUCCCCCCUCAGCAAGUCUUCCACCCUCAGCAGUACCCGCAGCAAUACCCCCAGCAGCACCCCCAGCAGCACCCUCAGCACCCGCCCCACAACCAGCAACCUAUGCCCAGGGGGCCACCACCACCCCCUCCUGGGCCUAGGGGGCCGCCCCCUUUUGGGCCCAAGGGAAUGCCUCCAAAGCCAGGAGGAGGAGGGCCUGCACCAGUCCAAAUAGUCAAGGACAAGAAGUUCGACAAGAAGCACCCCGCACCGCACUCGCCGUCUAGCUCCCGGACUUCAGGCUUCUCCGACACAGACGACUCGUCAGAUGAGGACGACAUAUCUAUUCAGACUCCUGCCUCGAGCAACACCUCCAGUGGGCCGUCCUACAACCCCAAGGGUAGCCGCGGCCCAAAGAAAGGCAGCCGAUACAUCGAGGAGCCGAGCCACUACGGAGUCCGGGCACGCCUUGAGCCCCACAAGACCCGCGGGCAAGGCGAGCACCGGAUAUCGGAUGAACUCCUCCCGGGCGUCCCACCGUCCCCCCUGAUCCCGAGAUACGCGCCCCUGCCGUCCCUGCCGUCCCUGCCGCCUGUCGAUCUCGAGCAGCUCAAGGCUGACUUCUACGAGGCCGGGCGGGCCGACGCGACGGCCGAAGCACACGAGCGGGUCGUGGAACAGCUGGCCCGGCCCCGCAUCAUCCAGCGGCAGCGGCAGCUCAGCGACCGGCCCCUGCACGCCUCGGACGUCGUCGUGCUCGAGGAGGACCCUUUGCUGCCGGCCCCGAGACCGCGCCAACGCCUGCUCCAGCGGCGUCCGAGCGUCCGGCUGGUCCGUCCGGGGAAUAUCGACCUCUUGGAACAAGAGGCGAUCGGACGCCUGGAGAAUAUUCGAUUCGACGACGAGAGGCGGUACGAGGACCCUCGCUAUCCGGCUGAUUUCGAUGACGAGUACGGCGGCCGGGUCGAGAGGCGGCGUGUUCGUGAUGUCGGGGCUCGCUUGAGAGAGGACCGUAUCAGGGAAGAACUUGCGAGAGAGAGGGAGGACGAGCUGAGAGAGGCUGAGCUGAGGGACGAGGAAAUCCGGGAGGAUAUCCUCGCAAGGGAGAGGGAGAGGGAGAGGGAGAUGGAGAUGGAUCGCGAGUACGGGAUACCGGAUUACCCGAGGAGACGUCAGCCGGCCCCGGAAGCAAGCUUCCGAGACGGCAUCGAUCCAGCCAAUCCUUUCGCUCCUCGUCGCGCCCUCCCGAGAAGGGUUACCGUCGCGUAUUCUCCUCGUCGUUAUGAUUGAGUUUCUCCGUGUUGGGAGAGCUGCCGACCGUCACGAGUAAUAUUGGCUCCAUCUGUAUACUGGAUGUUCUUGUAUCUCCUGUCGUGUUGUAAAUCAUCAACUGUCAUUACGACACGUAUUCUUUGUCACAGCCUGAUCGCAGGCGGGUUACCAGAGCGAGAGGAUA